CCAUCAUUGAUCAUCCUGUGCACUUGGUAUGGCGGCGCAACGCCCCGGCGCGUAUCCAAAUACACCACCGGCUAUCGCCAGUGCUAUCCCGGCGCCGCAAUCCUGCUCAUCAACACCUGCUUUCGGGACUUUACCGUCCGAUCCCUUCAUUCAAUCGACCCGAAUCUGGCUCCCGCCAGGGAGCUGAUCACCCGGGUGUUACAGGCAAACCCUGAUGCUACCAUUCUCUUGCACUUAUUCUCCAACGGUGGGUGUAACACCAUCACACAGCUUGCGCGAUCAAUGACAACUACAAAAAGCGCGGAUUUCAGGUCCGCACUAAAGCUAAUGAUAUUCGAUUGUUGUCCGGGAGAUUCAUCGUUCCAGCGACUUUACGGUGCAGCGGCCGUCGCUCUCCCGACAACCCAGCCUGGCCGUGCCGUCGGAACCGCGUUUCUUUACCCGACCGCGCGGAUAGCGCAUGCUAUGCAGACCGUCGGUUUGAUGCGGUCGAUAGAUGACUAUCGAGUGGAUCUCAAUGAUCCGAGGUUUUUUGGAACUGAGGCGCGCAGAUUGUACCUCUACUCACUGACAGACGAUAUGAUACCCUGGGUGGAUGUGGAGGGGCAUAUGAACGACGCAAGACAAAAGGGAUAUUCCGUCAUGGGAGUGAGUUUUGAGGACAGUCGGCAUUGUGGAUUGGUGAUGGGAAACGAGCUGCGGUAUUGGAACGCUAUCCAGCGGGCCUGGGAAGAUCCUGAGAUGGAUGUCAGUGGUCGGAGUAAGCUUUGAUCGCACCGAUGACUUUAUAUCAAUGUUGCGUAAGAACCUGGAUAUGUUGAGGUAACUUGGGCUUCUCGAGCACCUACAUAGAAUUGAUAGGUAGACAAUAGUACCUUCACUGUAAUUGUUGUCGACCUGCAGAUAUGGAGGUGAAACGUCUGGCGAAUC